ACAGAGAGGUCUUCAACGAACAAAACAGAAGCGGCGUCAGUGUGGAUUUCGAGAGAUUGUUUUAAUUACACAGUAGUUAUACAGACGGCUGUUUAUUUACUCGGCAUGGAAGACCAGGAGAUGCAACUCAAAGUAAAACGAGUUACGGAUAAAUUCACUGAAAGCAUGUACGUGUUGGCAAAUGAACCAUCGGUGGCACUGUAUCGAUUGCAAGAACACGUCAGGAGAUCAUUGCCAGAGCUAGUGCAGCAUAAAUCAGAUAUGCAGAGCUGGGAGGAGCAAAGUCAAGGAGCCAUUUACACUGUGGAGUACGCGUGCAGUGCAGUGAAAAGUAUGACGAACAGCAGCAUGUACUUCAAAAGCAUUGAGGGACUGCUACGCCAGGCCAUCAGCAUGAAAGACCGCAUCAGUGCUACCCAAGGGCGCAGCUUUAGUGAAGCGACACCCCCUCCUUGCCCCAUUGACCCUUCACUGCCCCCAUCCUCCACCUCCUGACUUCUGAAGAGCAGUGUCCAAGGAAGAGGGCUGUGGAGGCGGCCGGCCUGAAGGAGGGGGGAGAGAGGCACAGCUCUGGGGUGUGAGCGCUGUGCUACCCCAGCACCAAACCCAGGCAGAUUGGCAGGCCUCCCCAUGCACAGUGGAGCACUCCAGCACUCUUAAACACCGUCUGAAUCAUCCACAAGCCAACCACCAGAAUGGAGAACUGUUUUUACAGAAUGUUUCGCCACCUCUGUUAAGUGUGUGAGUGAAAGAAUCUCUUGAAUGGUUAUUGAGGUGGAUGCUACUCUAGGUGGUGGUUGACGUAAGAUUCCCCUCCCCCUACUUUUCCAGUUCAGCGCAGUCAAUGAAAGAUCCUAUGUGCUAUAAAUGCAAUCGAUUGUUAUUGAACAGUGUGUCUCAAGUGUUUGUCUUAAGUUUGGUUAAACGCAAGGGACAUCCUUAAAAUGCCAGGGCUGUUCAAAUAGAUUUGAAUUUCAUUCAUGCAGUCUUCAAGUGUUGAGGGAUUAUUGAUGGAAAAACGGCUUUAAGUUACUGACAAUUACCUCAGUGUUUGGACUUGAUAUGGGUGGAAGGUUUGGUUGAAUAAAUCCGCUUUAACCAGAUAAGCAUUAGUACUUGUACAGUUAUAAACUUAUAGACUAGAGUUUUAUUCAAUGCUUUAACUGGUUUGUGUUGCACAGAAAACAAACCAAUGCUUUGUUUGUGUACGUUUACUUGCACUGAGUGUUUUUUGACAGAAGUAAAAAAAAAAUUAAAAACUACAAGCAUGGUGUAUUUA